AUGGACCGUCCAGAGCCAGGACUGGUCAAGUGGUCGCCUAACCCGUCCAUUGACAGUUUCGUCCAUGUCAACCUGCAACACCGCGUCGUCCAGCUCUACGAGCCGACGGGUCACGCUCGCAACGGCCGCUUCGACUACGACAAGAUCAGCCGGCACGAUGACUUCCCGCCCCUCACCACCUACGACUGGUCUCCCACCAACCCCGGCCUGCUGGCCGUCGGCACCGGCACCGGUAUAGUCAACCUCCUCAAGAUUGACGACAACUCCAACUCGUUUGCCGAGCUGGGCCUCAAGAUGACGAGGACGUGCCAGGCCGUCGCCUUCAACACCACGGGGCUGCUCGCCGUGGGACUCGACCGCGUCCGCAUGGAUCAGAGCCUGCAUAUCUGGGACGUCAGCCGUCUGUCGUCCACGGACAAGGGUUUGUCCAAGGAGGUUACGGAGCCGAAGAACAGGCUGGAGCCUAGCGUGUCCAUAUCCAGCAUCAAGUUCUUCGAGGACAGCCCCCAGACGCUCGUGGCGGGUAUCAAGUCCCAGGGUCUCCGUAUGCAUGAUCUUCGAGACCCGCAGAACAUGGCCCUCUUCCAGACAAAAUGCAACAACAACCUGGCCAUCGACUACGCCGACCAAAACUACUUUGCCUCGUCGGCCCUGGACCAACCCGGCGUCAUGGUAUGGGACCGCCGCGCCACCUCGCGCCCCGUAGCCUCACACACCUACACCCAGGCCAUAGCGGAGGACGAUAUCCCCUGGGGCGGAGCCCUCCGCCUCGACCGGGUCAUCGAGACGGACUCUGACCCUUUUCUCGCCGAGGGCAAGCACUCCCUCAUCCGAUCUCUACGAUACUGCCGUGACCAGCGCGGCCUGCUGGCCGUCCUCUCGCGCACGGGACAGCUCCGCGUUCUCGAGACCAACAAAGAGAGGCCUUCAUCAUCCGCGUCGAAGGCUCCCCAAGCACCCGAGAGCCCCGAGCUACUCGAGGUGAGGAAGUCGCACGAGAUGGACCCUUCGUACGUCGAGACGACGAGGAAGAAUAACCGUAUCGUCUCGUUCGACUGGGUCAACCUCGACUCGCCGACGUUGCAGCCUAGGAUGCUGGUUCUCAGGGCCAAUGGCGGCUUCGACAUUCUCGAACGUCCGUCGUACACGGCCGAUCAUGUUUUCAAGAUGGUGCCGUGGCAGGCUCCUCAUCGGGGUCUUGAGGAGGGACUUCCUUAUCUCGACUUGAUGCGCUUCGAGCCCCGACAGGCACUGCGCAUGCUCGGUCCCGUCCUUGUAGACAAGGCACUGUCGGACAUUCCCAUCUUCGGCUCCGGCAAGGCAGACAUCGCGGCCACCAUCGAAGCGUCGCUGGACCCAGCCUCAGCGUCGUCACUCAUGGCCGAGAUGACGGGCACCAUGGAUGCUCCCCUCCCGGACGCCUUCUACCAGGCGAAGACUGUGGCCGCCAAGCUCCGUGCCCUCCGCACCUUUGUGCGCGAGGAGUUCCCCGGCAAGGCGGACGGCAAUGGGAGUGGGCCGCAGCAGCAUUUCGCCGGCGACCUCGGAGCGAUCAAAGACGGCCUGGAUGAGAUGUCCCUGGCAUCGAAUGGCGUCGUCGGGCCAUGCCACGAGAUCCACGACGCCCUUCUGAGCAUGCUGGUGGAGGUGCCGGGCCUGCCGCGCGAGGCUCAGUGCGUGGCCGACCAUGAGAUGGUCCUGCGCGCCAAAGAGCGGUACCUAUUCGACGCGUCUACUAAUAGAGACAUCGUUUCUGAUGAUCCCUGGACGAGGUUUGUAUGGGAUUGGAUAGACGACGCCCACCACGCUGCCGAGAAUGACGGAAUGAUCAUGUCCAACAUAGAUCUAAGCUAUCUAGGCAUCUACUCAAUAUGGAUGAACGACCUCGGUCGGACCCCCAUGACUCGUCUUAGCGGCACCACGACCGUGCCGGACAUGGUAUACUGGGAACGCGCGAUAGGAGGCCACUGUAAGAAGCACUACCUUCCCAAGUUUGACGGCGUACACACGCGACGGCCGCAUCACCGCCAGCUCUGCCUCUCGAUCUGCGGGUGGGGCGACGUGCAGAAGCACCCGGGCAGCCAGGCGAUGAACUCUGGCGACCCAGCCUCGGCGCACACCAUGGCAGCAGCACGAUGCCUCUUCCGCGGCGACACGAGAGAGGCGGUGGAGAUACUCAAAAACGCCAGCACGGCCCACCCGUCGCUGUUAUUCGUCUCUCUGGCGCUGCAGCUCGUGGGAAACAACAUCAACCACAACGGCAGGCGAGGAUCAGCAGCAGCAGCAGCAGCAGCAGGAGGAGGAGGAGGAGUAAGGGGCAAAGAGCAGCAGCUCGAGUUCGACGAGACGGCGGCGUCGCGGACAGACCCGUACCUGCAGGCCAUGUCAUCCCUCAUCGCGACGGGCGACUGGACCUCUGUGGCGAACCAGCGGUCGCUGCCGCUGUCGGACCGAGCUCUCGUGGCGGUGCGUAACUUCCCAGACGACCAGCUGACGUCGUGGCUGGCGCAGCAGGUGUCGCGGGCCGCCGAGGAGGGCGACGUGGAGGGCAUAGUGCUGACGGGAAUCGGCGACGCGCUCGUCGACGUGUUGGCGCGCUACGUCCAGAAGUUCGGCGACAUCCAGACGGCCACGCUGGUCAUGUCCUUGGCCCACCCGCGCUACAUGGACGACGUGCGCUGCCGGGCCUGGCGCAACGCCUACCGCUCUCUCCUGCAGCGCCACAAGCUCUUCUUCCACCGGACAAAGUACGAGGUCGAGUCUACUAAGCGCUCCAAGCGACGGGGAGGUCAGCCCGCCCUCAAGCCGCCCUCUAGGCAGAUCGCCCUCCGGUGCGUCUACUGCGACGCCGAGACUUCCCUCGCCAAUCACAAUCACAACCAAGGCCAAGGCCAAGGCCACGGUCGCGGUCACGUCCACGGUCGCGGUCACGGCCACGGCCAGCUCUCCUCGGCUGCUACGCCGGCCACGGCCGCGGCGGUCGUGGGAGGAGUCCCAAAACCACCCGUGGUCGAGUCGAGGAGGAACCCCCUCCUCGCAGCGAGCAUAAACGCCGGCGUGAGCUGCCCCAACUGCGGUCGUCACCUGCCCCGGUGCGUCGUAUGCCUCGAGAUCGUCGGCGUGCCGAGGUCAGACAGGCCUGAGGAGAAGGGCGACGAGACCAGGACGGCCGGCCGGUUCCCGACCUUCUGUCUCAGGUGCGACCAUGUCCUCCAUCUCGACCACGCCAGGCAGUGGUUCGCCAGGCAUGCGGAGUGUCCUGUGCCCGAGUGCAGGUGUCGGUGCAAUUUCAGGGCUAAUCCCGAGUUGGACUAUCAUUGA